AUGGAGCCACGGACCUUUGAGGCAGCGAACAAAUCAGAGAGCGCAGGCAUGGAGCCAAGUAGAGAUGGGCGCACCCCGGCUGAAAUGCUGCACUGCAGGCAGCCCAGAACGCUUCUGACGCUGCUGCGCCACACAGGUGAAUCUGUGUACAAUACGAUGAGGCUGGUGCUUCUGGUGACGGCGCUGGUGACGGCGUUGUCAAGCGCUCGCUCAAGGGAGCUCCCAGCCUCCGGCCGAUUGUGUAGCGCAGUGAGUUGGGCUGAGCAUGUUACUUGGACCUCACACAAGCGCCUCGGCAGCAGCAGCUUCAUUGUGGUCUACGUGUUGGAAGAGCGGAGCAGAGGUGGAGGCCAGGCCGAGUUCGCAGCCAAGGCCAAAAACGAGAUGUAUUAUGGUUUGCGCAGCAGCCUUUGGUUGAUUCAUCAAUCCUACAAGUGGCUGCUAGUUGGGGAAGUGGGGCAGCUUCAGCCAGGCUCUUGGAGUGGGCUGCAGAAACCCUAUGUGGUGCUGUCAACUGCCCCCCCUGACUGCCUUGGCCUUGUGUGCUACUAUAGGAAAAUGGCACUGCGCGCGGGAAGCAUCCAAUUUCAUUCACCAGAAAACAUUUCUAAAAGCGACCGAAUAGAGUUCUGUCUUGUUGCUGGUCUCAUAGAGUUUACACCUCACCACGGGCGGCUCUAUACCUUGACGACUCAUCCAGAAUUCUUUGAAGAAAUCGACACCUUUAAGCAACUUGUAGAAUCCAACAUGACGAUAUAUGGAAUAAACGCUGAUUAUUUGACUUAUUUUCUGAGCGCUAAUCUUCACGCUGACAUCCUUGAAGAUGGUUUGUAUCGCCAGAAAGCAGUUGAGAUGACGACAAAAAAAAUAAAUUCUACAGACGAAGCAGCCAAUCUCUUUAAAGGAAACACCCGGUUUGCCUUAGUGGAUGACAAUACUGACAAUAGGCUUAAAUAUCGGCAAGCACUCUCGAGUAUUUGGAACAAUAUACAUGAGAUGAGGGCCCAAAUUCUCCCAACUAUGAAGUCCAAUGUUCUUAGAAGAAAAUGGCCUUUCAAGGAGAAGAUGGAGAGAAUCUACGGCCGCUUGGUGGACGUGGGCAUCGUGUUGCACUGGAAAGACGUCUACUUACGGGAGAUAGGCACGCGGAUGGAUAUGGAAAUGUGGAGAAAUGUAACGGAGGACGCGCCUCCCACUGACGACCCUCUGCGCUUCGGGCCGGAGGACGUGCAGGUGCACUUCUUGCUGCUGGGCGUUGGGCUGCUGCUGUCGGCGGCCGCCCUCGCAGUGGAGGCGGCGCUCGGCUGGAGGCGGGGCAGCGGGCGAGGGAGGACGCUCCGUAUGUAA